AUGCCAAUCUUCGGUACACUGAAACAGGACGAGGAGGCAUUGAGAGCUGCCGCUCAGCAAAGUCACAUUCAAGAAAGUGGCUCCCGCUACUCAUUGAAAACCACAUCGUCCGCAUACGAAACGGCUUCAGAAUUCACUAAUGAUGACCAACUGCAAGCAGAUGUCCAAAGUCACUCCGAUCGUUAUUCACUGGCUGUUGUGAGGGACCACGAGGAAUCUGCUGUUGACGAUGAAAGGAGAUCUACGCAAGGUACUGCAAUUCACACUGAAGAAGAGGAGGAAAGCAAGAUAAAUCACUACGAAGCUUCGGAUUAUCCGCAAAAUGGCAAUGUCGAUUAUACAAGCAUGACCGAGAAUGAGCUCAACCGCAUAGCUACUCAAUCCGAUACUCUUUCGCAUUUAGAAAGACAACUCUCUAGACCACGCUCAGAGGAAAAGCUCGUCAAUCCAAAAGACUUGGACUGGGAUGGUCCGGAUGAUAAAGAAAACCCGCAGAACUGGCCCGCCUGGAAAAAAUGGUUUGUCACAUUCACUGUUGCUAUUGACUGUCUCUGUAUAUCCUUGGGAUCCUCGCUUUACGUUGAAGCUGUUCCUGAAUUGCAGAUUCGCAUGGGAAUCAGCCAGACACUUGGUAUAUCAGGUUUGACAUUUUACCUUAUUGGCUUGGCUAUGGGCCCAGUCAUUGCUGCCCCAAUUUCUGAGAUCAUUGGUCGUCGCUGGAUCUACAUCAUUUCGUUGCCUCUUUCGAUGCUCUUCACCAUGGGAGUGGGACUAGCGAAGAAUAUUAGAACUGUUCUUGUAUUGAGAUUCUUUGCUGGCUACUUUGGAUCUCCACCAAUGUCCAUUGCUGGUGGUACCGUCUCUGAUUUAUGGGGCAACAAUCCUGCUGACAUGUCCAUUGCUAUGGCUCUUUUCUGUGUUGCCCCAUUUUUGGGUCCAGUCAUUGGCCCUAUUAUCGGCGGUUUCGCUGCUGAGCACAAGGGCUGGAAGUGGACUCAAUGGGUUUCUUUGAUGUUCUCCGGUGCCAUUUUGCCGUGCAUCUUAUUGUGCCCUGAAACUUUCAAGCCAGCCAUUUUGAAGAAGAGGGCAGAGAAGAGAGGUAUCAAGUUGAAUAAACCAAAGAUCACAUGGGAGUUUGUCAAGAUGGCCUUGACUAUGUUUCUCUUCAGGCCCGCUGAGAUGUUGGUGGUAGAGCCUAUUGUUUGCUUGACAUCCGUCUACAUUGCUUUCGUCUUUGCUGUGUUGUUCGGUUUCUUCGAGGCAUACCCUAUCAUCUUCAGAGGCAUCUAUGAAAUUGGAGUUGGCCCUUCAGGAUUGCCAUUCAUUGGUGUAGGUGUUGGUUUGAUCUUGGGUGUACUCUGCUACAUCGUUUUUGAUCACAUCAAGUUUUUCCCUAAGAAUCCUGAUGGAACUAGAGGAAAGUUUGACGAGGAAGGUAAGCCAGUCUGGGAUGCCCCGGAAAGCAGAUUGAUUGUCGCCGAAGUUGGCGCAAUCUUCUUGCCAAUUGCUUUGUUCUGGUUGGCGUGGACUGCGAGAAAGUCGGUUCACUGGAUUGCUCCAACCUUGGCUGGUAUACCAUUCGGUUUCGGUUUAAUUUGGGUUUUCUUCGGUAUCGUUCUUUACUACUCCUUAUCAUUCCCACCGCAGUUUGUCGCCUCCGCAUUGGCUGCUAACAACUUGUUGCGUUACCUUUUGGCCUCAGUCUUCCCGUUGUUCAUCUUCCAAAUGUAUCAAAGAUUGCACGUUGACUGGGCCACUUCCACCUUUGCUUUUAUUGCAUUGGCUAUGGUUCCAAUUCCUUUCGCAUUCCACAAGUGGGGCCUGAGGAUCAGACAGAGUUCCAAGUAUGGCUACGCGGCAUACUUCAAGAUGCUUGCAGCUGAGAAAGAAGCUAGAGAACGUGAGCGCUCCACUACACAACAAGAGCCAGCCAAGGAGAUUUCUACUGAUAGUGAUGAAAACCAAAGGGAUAGUGUCGCCACGCCAUUUGAGCAAUCCCCAAAGAGGGAUGUCGAGAAGGAGAACCGUCUCGCAGAAGUUGUUUGA